UCAUAAUGGAAGUACCAUGUGCUUGCUCAUUCAUCCCUGGUGAUGAAUAUUGCUCAUUCAAAGGAAUACUAUACAUUACCGGGGUGACAAUUGUCAGACCUGGAAAAUGGUUGUUAUCAAUAUUAUUCCAGCAUGCCAUUGGUAGGAGAUCAGAGCUGGUGUAUGAAUAUAAAAAUGUGAGAAUGUGUAUAUGUGUAGGCCUAUAGUGUAUUCAAAAGCACUUUGAGUUAAAUGUGCAGUUGCGAUAUUGUGCGAUAUAAAUAGAUUUUGAUUGAUUGAUUGAUGGAGAGAGAAAUCACUAAAUGAACCCUUUCCCAACAGAAAUGGACUGCAACAUACAAUAGAUAGGAGAUGAUGGAGAGAGACGAUAGGGUGCCGGACACAGGAGGUGUCACGCAGGUCUCCCAUGGCCAGCCCUGUCCCACCUCAAGACAUAAGACCCUGCCACGCAAUGCAGAGCAGGGAAAGGAACAGAGGCUUCGAGACGACCUGGAAAAGGCAAUGCUGCUGCAGUGGGAGGAGAUAUCGAUGAAGCCAAUGGAUGUUUGGAAACGGAUGGAACAGAAAAACAAACCAGAGGGAACAAGGGGAGGAGCCGACAGACAAGCACACAAGCCGCAGAUAGUGAGUGAGGCCGUCAAAAACAGUAAGACAGCCAGUAAGGAUGCGAGUGACACCGGCAGUGAGACAGCCGGUGAGAAUGCCUUUAAGGCCGCCAGGGAAAAUGCCAUUAAGGCCACCAGCGAGGAUGCCUUUAAGGUCGCCAGUAAGGAUGCCUUUAAGGUCGCCAGUAAGGAUGCCUUUAAGGCCGCCAGCGAGGAUGCCUUUAAGGCCGCCAGUAAGGAUGCCUUUAAGGUCGCCAGUAAGGAUGCCUUUAAGGCCGCCAGCGAGGAUGCCUUUAAGGCCGCCAGGGAGAAUGCCUUUAAGGUCGCCAGUAAGGAUGCCUUUAAGGUCGCCAGCGAGGAUGCCUUUAAGGCCACCAGCGAGGAUGCCUUUAUGGUCACCAGGGAAAAUGCCUUUAAGACCACCAGCGAGGAUGCCUUUAAGGUCGCCAGUAAGGAUGCAUUUAAGGUCGCCAGUGAGGAUGCUACCAAGGUCGCCAGCGAGGCCUUGCAACCGACAGCUGAGGCAUGGCUUCAAGCAGAACUUCAUAUGGCAAUAAAACGUCUGGAGGCACAGAGCAACUUGGUGGCACUACAGAAACUGGAAAAGGGCAUAGCCAUGCACAGUCAGGGUAUAAAUGAGAGACACACAGAGGAGGAGAUGAGGAGAAUGAAAGGGCAGACGGCAGAAAAGAUGGACUUUUGGAGCCAGAAGGAUGACGCAGCAAAGCAAGAGUCACCAGCGAUGGAAGCAGAGCGAUAUGAACCCAAGAGGCUAGGAGCAGGGACAGGGAAAAUAUAUCUGAAUUAUGGACAAAAAACAGAUAAGUUAGGUAGCACUAUUGUGGAGAUGAGGGGAGGGACAGCGGAGGAGCAGCUGGCAAUGGCCAAACACAUCAUCCAGGAGCAGCAGAGCAGAAUAGCCGAGCUGGAAAGAACAUCAGCACAGUGGAUGAGGAAGUACAUGGAGAUGAAGAGAUACGGACUAGAGAGCCAGAGAUGCAUACAGGAACAAGGGGAAAGCAUUAAAUGCCUGGAGGAAUGGCAAGCGCAGAUGUGGGCAAAAGUCAAUAUGUGGAUUGAAAUAGAUAGAAAACGAGUACAGCUGCUAGAAACAACAGAGAAAACAGGGAGAGUGACAGCAGGAAACACCAAUUUAACACAAGUCCCUCAACAAUCAACUCAUCAAUUAAAAUUGGACCCAAUAGUCCUUCAUGAGAGAGGCGAGAGAUUGAAACAUGAAAUGAAUGCCCCAAUGGGAAAAUAUAGAGAGAAAGAGGAGAUAUCAGUGGUCCGUCAACAAUCGACUCAGGACUUAAUAGUCCUUCAUGAGAGAGGCGAGAGAUUGAAACAACUAAUGAAUGCCCCAAUGGGAAAAUAUAGAGAGAAAGAGGAGAUAUCAGUGGUCCGUCAACAAUCAACUCAGGACCUAAUAGUCCUUCAUGAGAGAGGUGAGAGAUUGAAACGUGAAAUGAAUGCCCCAAUGGGCAAAGACAGAGAGAAAGAGGAGAUAGCAGUGGUCCGUCAACAAUCAACUCAGGACCUAAUAGUCCUUCAUGAGAGAGGUGAGAGAUUGAAACGUGAAAUGAAUGCCCCAAUGGGCAAAGACAGAGAGAAAGAGGAGAUAGCAGUGGUCCGUCAACAAGCAACUCAGGACCUAAUAGUCCUUCAUGAGAGAGGUGAGAGAUUGAAACAUGAAAUGAAUGCCCCAAUGGGAAAAUAUAGAGAGAAAGAGGAGAUAUCAGUGGUCCGUCAACAAUCGACUCAGGACUUAAUAGUCCUUCAUGAGAGAGGCGAGAGAUUGAAACAACUAAUGAAUGCCCCAAUGGGAAAAUAUAGAGAGAAAGAGGAGAUAUCAGUGGUCCGUCAACAAUCAACUCAGGACCUAAUAGUCCUUCAUGAGAGAGGUGAGAGAUUGAAACGUGAAAUGAAUGCCCCAAUGGGCAAAGACAGAGAGAAAGAGGAGAUAGCAGUGGUCCGUCAACAAGCAACUCAGGACCUAAUAGUCCUUCAUGAGAGAGGUGAGAGAUUGAAACAUGAAAUGAAUGCCCCAAUGGGCAAAGACAGAGAGAAAGAGAAGAUAGCAGUGGUCUGUCAACAAGCAACUCAGCAACCCAUACCGAGCUUAGUGCUUAGACAAAAAAUUGCCGUGAAGAGACAUGAAAUGAAAGCAAGAGAGAUAGAGGAGAGAGAUGCCCUGAACAGACAGGCAGAGAGACAAAUGAAUGCACCACUGAGCAGAGCCAGAGAGAAAGAGGAGAUACCAGUGGUGGUACAGGGGACGAGCAAGAGCUGCAAGAGAGAGCUGCAGUCGGUGCUGCAAGAGAAGGUGACAGAGAGACUGGCGGUCACGGCUGUGGCCACAGCGCGCAGUACUGGACUGGGCUCAGGUGACGUCCAAUUGCUGAAACGCAGAGAGGAGCUAAAGAGCUCAAAAGUGACGGACACAAACACCGGAGAUGGACUCAGCGACCAGCAGCCCCAGGUUCCCGAGCAGAAGAAGAAGAAAAAAAAAUCUGUAGUCAGCUGGGUGAAAAAGAAAAUGAAAUUCGGCAAAAAAGGAUGAGGACGACGACCACCACAAAAUAUUAAAUUCUUAUGCAAUUCAACAAAACAAAAAUAAAAAUAAUAAUAGCAUCAUAAAAAAAAUAAUAAAAAAAGUAAUUGCAAAAAAACCUGGGGGUUUAUUUGUU